ACAGCGCACGUGGGUGGGAUGGGACUUCUCUGCUUUCAUAACUGAUUUCACAACACAUUUCAGAACUCUUUUAUAAUCUGCGGCUUUAAAUAAAGAUCUGCCCCUCACACUGCAGAACAGGAUUUCUUCUCCAAAAUGAAUUGCUUAAUCGGAGCAGUUGUGUUGCUGUUAUCAAUUACAGCAGAAGCCAGAGUUGGCAACUCCAGUGAGCCCACAUCCUAUUGCACAGAGACCAAGGAGUGUCUGCUGUUUGAUCUGAUCUGUGAAGGAGAGGAAUAUGAGGUGCGUCAUUAUGAGGCGGCCAAAUGGGUGGCCACGGCGACAGAGUCCAUUUUUAUAGACGUGGCCAAAGUGAAAGCUUUCAGAAAACUUUACAAAUACAUCACCGGUGACAAUGAAGCAGGUGCCAAGAUCGAGAUGACCGCUCCGGUCCUCACUAAAGUGAAAGCGGACGUAUCUUGGUUGGAAAGCUCGGUGUACGUUCUCAGCUUCCUGUUGCCCUCUGCCUACCAGGAACAUGCUCCGCAGCCAAAUGACACCAGUGUGUACCUCACGGACAUGCCGGAUAUGAACGUGUACGUUAAGAGCUACGGAGGCUGGAUUUUAUCGCCAAUAGCUAGAAAGUAUUCUGCCCAGCUGAAAGAGGCACUCGAUAAAGCUCAAGCCUCUUACCAUGAAGACUACCACUACGACGUUGGCUAUAACAGCCCAAUGAAGCUGACGAACAGACAUAAUGAGGUGUGGUAUGUGGCCAAGGGAAAACCGGUGUGUCCACCUGCUGAGUAACAAUGCCUCUGCAUCAUCUACAGCACAUCUGAGCUAAAGCAGUUACAUUUAAAGCCCAAAAUAAAGUGGCUGUUUAUGAAUAAAUAAAUGAAUAACUGCGCAUAGAUUUACCUCAUAUUCUGAUUUUUUUUUCAGCUCCAAAAAACAGCAGAUUGUAUUGUUUCAUGCCAGACUUAAGGAAGGAAAAAAAAAAAAAAAAAAGCAUAACUGUCUUUUGAAUAAUUGUUGAUGAACUAAACCUUUGAGUCAGAUUCAUUAUUCCAAUUUAACAUUUGUUGUUUUUUAAAAAAAAAAAAAAAAAAAAAAAUCUUCAAGGCUUUUAUGGUCACAAUAAUUUUUUUUAAAUUACUGAACUGUUCAUUUUAUUUGUUUGAAUACCUUUCAGUGUAUGAAAGCAAGAACUGAACAGCAGCCCCAUGUUUUAUAGCGUUUGGCUUUGAUUUUUGUCUAUAACUCAGCAGCAGAGGUCGCCACUACCAAAAGAUUGAAUAACCCAAUUACUACAAGAUAUUUUUGUGAAUUUAUUGUGUAACAGAUUAAUUAUUUGUAUUUUAUAUGAAAACAUAUCAAAUAAAUAAAUAAAUAAAUACAGCUAAACAACAAAAUUAAGGCCACGGCUAUAGACAUUGAUGAACAUGUGUGUGAAGGAAAUAUUUGGUUUUAAAUAUGUGCCACUGACUCUUACAAUCAUUGGCUGAAGCGUUAUGUUUAUUCAUGUCUUUUAUUUCGUAUUUUUAUGACAUACGGUCAGACUGUUCGGUCUGUAGAUUUGAGCUGCUAAACCUUUCUGAAGUUCUUCAAGCAUGCAAAUAAACAUUUAGAGAAAGAAGA